AUGGCUGUUUUCUUCGUUCUGAUCCAUCUUAUCCGGACCGGGUGGCAGUUCUUCCAAAGUCUCAUUAGGAAAGGAAAUUCUAUUGAUAGGAAGCUGGCGGGGUCAGAUAAAAGCCGUGGUCCCUUUGUAGGGAACCAGCAGGAAGAAGCUUUUUGCCCCAUUUGCCGAGAGACCCUGAGGGAGAGGGUGAGCACUGACUGUGGACACCUCUUUUGUCAAGCAUGCCUGGUACAACACGCAAAGACCUCUGCCUCCCAACUGUACUGUCCUACAUGCCGGAAGCCCUGUUCUGAGGGAGUUCUGGGGACAGGCUAUGUCUGUCAGAGUCACCAGAAGAGGUUGCUCUAUUUUUGUGAGGAGAGUAGUCUUCUUCUGUGUGAAGAAUGUGAGAAGUCUACUGACCAUAAGUCUCACAAUGAGCCGACCAUUGACAAAGCCAUGCGUCACUACAAGAGACGGCUCAAAGGCAUGAUCAAGAAGUUUAAAAAGGUCAUCAGAAAAUCUGAAGACAGUACUCUGGAAGAAAAGAAUGAGAAGUUUCAGGCCCUGCAGGUACAUAGUAGCUCUCAUAGAUUAGAGACUGAACUGGAGAGCCAGAACCAAACCGGGAGACAGCUUGAUGACCAUCUUCAGCAGCAGCAGGAUCAGAUGGAGGACAUCCUUGACAGAGCCAAAAUCGUUAUUACUGAUUUGGAGAAGAUGGUAAAGGAACUGGACGCCAGCAAGCUAAAGGAUGUGAAGGAAUUAUUGAAUAGGUAUGAACCAUUUCCCUUUUCUUCCCACAUAUAUACAUACCUGAAGACCCACAAAAACACAGAUAUGUAG